AACCAUUAAGAAGUCAAUUUUUAUUCGUUAAUUUUCAUUUGAAAAAUCCGUUGUCUUCGUCCACCGAUAUGGGCCUAUUUCAACAAUUCUUUGUCGUUGUAGCUCUUUGUGUAGCCGCCUCACAUCAACAAACCUGUUCGCUAACAUCAAAUCAAGAUGUUGCGCCAGGAUCGGACAUAGGAGCUAGUUAUGGGCAACCAGUGGGAAACUGCUGUAACAUUUGUAAUAGCACGCCAGGUUGUAGAGCCUUUUCCUGGAAUGCUCAUGAGGGUGGAACUUGCUGGCUCAAAGGUGCUACAUCGCCUGUAGUUUGGGCUGACGGAGUUACUUCCGGAAUUUUAUCUGGUGGAGGUGGUGGAGGUCUUAUUACCUGGGAUGAAUUUGUUGCUGCAUUAACAAUAAACGCGUAUCCAGCACCCUCACCGAUUCAAUACACAACUUUCUUAGAUGGAUUACCUUACGGCCUAAUAACAACCAGACAAGAAGCCGCUAUGGCUCUCACACAAUUCAUGCACGAGAGUGAUGGUCUUCGUGCAAGACGAGAAUAUGCCUGCGAGCACACUGGCUGUCCUGGACAUUACGCAACACCCGGAUGUGACGUACCUGGCCAAUUCUACUUUGGAAGAGGAUAUAUUCAGUUGACGUGGUGCGGUUACAAUUAUCGUCCGUUCUCUCUCGAUUAUUUCGGUGACGAUAGGUUGAGAUUCACUCCAGAUUUGGUAGCAACCGAUGACAAUUUGGCUUGGGACUCUGCGUUCUGGUUCUGGAGAAUAAACGUGCACAAUUUCCAAGGAGUGCAACAAGGUCAUUUUGGUGCGACAACUAGAGCUAUUAAUGGAAAUCUUGAAUGUGACAAUCCUGGCGGUCAUCAUCUGGCCAGACGUCGAUUUGAAAUGUAUGGUCGAGUACGAAGUGUUUGGGGUUUGGCUGGCCCCGGAAUCGAAAGUGGUUGUUACAAUUAAUUGCAAA